AACUAGUACAUCUCUGAGUUGUCAAGAAGCAGUGCGUGUGUGCGUCUAAUUGUUUUGUUGCAUCACGUGUGUUCAUUUCUCACAGCAGCCUUGCCAUUGAGUGACAGCCAUGAGUAGGAGCGGCGGGAAGAUCUUCACACCCACUAACCAGAUUCGCCUCACCAAUAUAGCAGUGGUGAGGGUGAAAAAGGCAGGCAAAAGGUUCGAAAUUGCUUGCUACAAAAAUAAAGUUCUCAGCUGGCGACAGAAAGUGGAGAAGGACUUGGAUGAGGUGCUGCAGAGUGAGACAGUGUUCACCAAUGUCUCAAAGGGGCAGGUGGCCAAGAAGGAGGAGCUGCUCAAGUGUUUCAAGACAGAAGACCAGCGGGCAAUAUGCCUGGAGAUCCUGGAGAAGGGAGAGCUGCAGGUGUCGGACAAGGAGCGCCAUGCCAACCAGGAAGCCUCAGUGAAGGAGAUUGCCUCUAUUGUGUCUGACAAGUGCAUCAAUCCAGAGACCAAGACGCCUUACACAGUGUCCAUGAUUGAGAGUGCCAUGCGAGACAUCCACUUCUCCCUCAACCCAAAACGCAACAACAAACAACAGGCACUGGACGUCAUCAAGCAGCUUGCCCCGGUAAUCCCGAUCCAACGCGCCCAGAUGAAGGUUCGCAUGACCAUUCCCGCCAAGGAGGCCAAGAAGCUGAGGGAGAAAGUGUCACAGUACAUCACCAUAGAAUCGGAAGCAUUUGAGCCAGACCUUAACUUGGUGGGUCUCAUUGAUCCUGGCCACUUCCGCACCCUGGAGGAGGCCAUCAUUGGUCCCACCAAAGGCCGUGCAACCAUCGAAGUGCUGACCUUGAAGGAGAUGACAGACACUGGUGACUCGGCCCUCACCUAACCCAUCAGGUGCUUGCAGAGUGCCAUACUAGCCAAGCAGGGCACCAGGAAAUCAAGGAGUGCCUGUGCAGCUUUAUGGGUAGCGAGGUGUGAUGUGUGCUGUUUGCCACUCCAGUAUCAAGUGGUGCCAGUGUGAUAUGUACUCAUGCCCAAAUUUGUAUUGCCUCAUGCCUCACAAAUGUCAAUGUGUGUGUGUGUGUGUGCAUGCGCGUGCACUUGUCUUUUCCCUUUCACCAAUUAUGAUAGUAUGUGAAACAACUUUAACGUUAUGCACUGAAAGGUACAGCUUAUUGACACAUGUAUUAGUCAGAGAGAGAGUGAGAAGGAGAGAAGAAGAGUUAAAGUUCCUGAACACCACAUCCACAUGAGCAGACUCCUUCUUCCCACUCAUACAGUCUCAGAGGAAGCUGUGUGUGUCUUGCUAUGCUUUGUUAUUUGACUGACUUCUUGCCUAGUGUAUUUCUUUUUACAGAGUGAGUUGUAUACAGGGUCAUAAUAUAUGUAUUACUAUAGGGUAAAAAAAAAAACAUAUUACAGGAAUUUACAAGUAAUGAAUAAUUGGUGUAAUGUGAUAUUUGGUUUAAGCAAUUCACCAAACUGUCCCAAUAAUGAAUUUGAAAUAAAAAUGUGUUCUUUUCUUUCUAUUAAGGAAGUUAGUGUAUAGAUAUCACCACAAAAGAGCACUUUUUUUUUUUACACUGCGAUACAAAAAGGAUUGUAUGUGGGAGUUGUGUGUUCUGAUUAAUUGAAAAUAUAUAUUACUGUAUUGACUAACAAAAGUGUAUAUUGUUGAAUAUUAACUAAAGACAUAAUGCUUAUAA